AUGGCGCUUAGGAGAGCAUUACAUUUCGUUUUUAAAAUCGGAAAUAGGAAUGAAACCAUAAAAUUUUACCGUGAAAUACUUGGGAUGAAGGUAAGAGAUAUUAGUUAUUGUGUCAGUCAUUUUGGCGCGUCGUUUCGUGCUUGCCUAUGGAUGACUCAUUUUGCUCUUAUAAUUGUGCGCGCCUUGCUGCAUAGUUUUCCGUCUUUUUACCUUAAAAACACGGUGGGUAUCAAAAGUAAUUCCAUUCUUUUGAUUUUGGAACAAACUUGUCCUGUUUAUUAGGUUUUGCGCCAUGAAGAGUUUGAAGAGGGUUGCAAGGCAUCUUGCAAUGGGUACGUAUGGCAUGUGAUUUUGCAAAAUUCAGUAGGCUUAUUGUAGAAAAAACGCUGACAUCAUAGAAUUUUUAGAUUGAAAUGAAAAGUUGUUAACAUCACUCAUGUACGCCAUGCACUGCCAAAGUUCUCACCCUUUUCAAGGCUUUUGGAAGAGAAAGACACCCUUUCCAUGGUGCUAAAAUUGAAAUUGUAUUGUCUGUUGAACCAUAUAUACCCAUGUGGGCCACCAACCCCCCCACCCCCCCAAGCUUAUAUGAGCAAAGCAAAUGCCAGUGCAAAUUCAAGCGUACUGGAGACACACAAACAUAUGUAAAGAGGCUGCCUUAAUGGAACACAAUAGAAGUACAAGUGCUACCUCAACAAAGCUAAAAAUUUUAAUUUCUAGCGUUGCCCUUGCCUUCAAAAAACACAUGUUGAUACUUAAGCAUUAAGCCUCCUACUUCUCCUGAUGAGAAUCACCUGAUAAAAACCAGAUCAUAUUUUUUACAAAUGACGGGGUUUAUUUUGCCACAUGAUAACAAUAAAUUUUUUAUGUGUAUGGACUUUGAAGAAGCUUUAGAGUAUCAUUACUUCCUGUUUUAUCAUGGUUUUAUUACUCAGGGGUUUCAAUAAUAAUUGAAGUAGCCAGCAGGUUUGAAUAGAGUAACCGACCGUAUCAACAAGGGGCCGUUAGUCCCCUUCUUCUAGGUGGGUCUGGGGGUGUGCUCCCCAGAAAAUUUUGGAAUUUUGAAGCCCUAAAAUGAGAUUUCCAGUGUUCCAGGGACUAAAUUGAGAACAGUAGAGCCUGUUUUUCUUUCAAGAAAAUAUAGCUUUCAUUCAGGUUUCAUAGCCACACAAUCAAUUCUUACAAGCAAUGAACAAAUGUUGAUAUUCAAAAUUAAGUACAUUUGCAAAUAAACAAAUUCUGCGUAAACCUACAAAGAAACGUGGAAAAAAAUUGACUGAAAUACAGCGUUUGUGUAACAAGACAAGAAAAGACAAGACAUUAAUUAUCAUAAUAUUGCAAGUAACCAGAAGUGCUUCUGGUGUAACUAAAGCAUGACAUAUCAGUGGACCUUGAAAGCUCAUCAUAUUAACUUACGUUUUAAUUCAGAUUUAAUUAAAUAUCUUUUGUUUCCGACAUUUUUUAAAACUUGCUUCUUCUUCGGAGAAAAAAGUAGGCGAUUGCUCUUAGCAAAGUAGCCGACGCGUUUCGUUGGUCGUCAGUACUUAUUGAAACCCCUGAUUACUGUUGUAACAUUCUUAAGCCUUUUAAAAAAGGUUAUGCAAAUUAGACUGCCUUUACAUGAUCAACUUAUAAAGAAGACAGCCUAAUUUGCUUAUUGUUUUGGGAUAGUCUAGAUCAUGGGGACAAUGGUAGAAAAACAGUAGUUAGCUUGUUUUAGGUCACUGAACUGCACAAGAGGGAAAAAUCAACGAAAAGAUAGCUGAUGCAUUGUAACAGUUUAUAGCUGUAGUAGCACUUUUUCUCUGAGGGAUUAAUAACCUGCUCUUAUACAAUAGAUGUAAUAGCAAUGAGAACAAAAAUUGUAUAAAUCCGUCAUGAUAGAGAUGUGAUGGUGAAUUUUAAGUCUGGUGAAUAUAUGAAUACAUUUGACUCCUAUUACAAGUACUAGGAUCUUUUCUUCUACUCUGUCUUUGCCACUGACUGAAGAAACAUCUUCCAAAAAAUGCAUAGUUUUGGGCUCUCCUUUUUUGCAUCCCAGGUUACCACAGCAACACUAUGGUGCUUGAUAACUUUAAUAACUUUAAUUAACUAUAAGGACUUUGAACUAAAAUUUAGUACAGUGUUAGUGAGUUGAACUGUAGCCAUGGUAAACUUUUGUGUCAGGAAGGGACCAUAUAACAUACAAGUGUAUAGGUAUUAGGGAAACCAGGGUCUGAUCUAGGAGGAGGGUGCAGGGAGUGUGCACCCCCCCCCCUCCCCCCUGAGAUGACCUGUGGCUUUCUAAGACAACUGGUAUUCUGCAAAAAAAGAAAGCUUUGUGGUUUAUAGGUGUUGAAGUAAAGUAUGAGAUAGAGUUGAAGAAUUUCUGUUAAGUGCUGUAAAAAUGGUAGUUAAAAUGGUAGUUUCUUAGUGGUGCACUCCCUCCUUACAAAAAUCCUGGAUCCCCCCUGGAAACCGUUUGGGCUCUCCAGUGGAAAGUGAUUUUAUCCGGUGGAUAGCUCAAUCCACCUUUUGAACAUCUGGUGCCUGAUGCCAAAAGAAUGUCAAUUGUUGAACUAUUGGGAAAAGUUCCUAAUCUUAUUUUAUUGCUUCUUGAUUGUACUUACUUUCUAGUUCAUUAAUUUUGCAGUCCUUAUGAUGGAAAGUGGAGUAAGACCAUGAUUGGGUUUGGACCAGAAGAUGAACACUUUGUUCUUGAACUAACUUACAACUAUGGUAUUAAAGAGUAUAAACUAGGAAAUGACUUUCAGGUAAUUUAUAUUAUGGGAUCAUACUGUAUCAUAAUUUUACAAGUCCUAUUACACAAAUGAAGAGUGCUUUGUUGUCCAUUUUUUUUCUGCCUUGACACACACGCACACCGUGAAUAAUUUGUGGGAUUUUUUGGUUUGGAAAUUGUCAGAUUAGUUGUUUGUUUUGCAUGGUCUCAGAUCAUGUUUAAAACAUGCUGGUAGAAAAAGUGAAAAAAAGAAGUGAAUUCCAACAUUGACCAGUUUUAAUAAUCUCUUUUCUUUUUAUCCUCUAUGCGUUUUUUAAAUUCGUUCAUUUAUUAUUAUUAUUACUAUUAUUAGUUCUUAUUUUAUCUUGUGAAUAGCAUCUUUAUAGUUGUAUUGUUAUAUUCUAAGGUUUUUUAAUGUGCAUGUACAAGUUUUACAUCUGUGAAAGGAUAGUUGCCUUUAAAAAAAAAAAAUUCCCCCAGCUUCCACCCUGCCACCUUUUACCUUCUGAAGUUGUAAUUUAUUGUAUGGAUGGCAGAGUAUCGGUAAACAUAAACUUUAAACUUGUCCGCAGGGUCUUUCAGUUCACUCCAAGGCUGCUUUUGCCAAUGCAACAAAACACAACUACCCCAGCCAAGAACAAUCAGACAAUUGCAUGACUGUUCAAGCACCAGAUGGCUACAAAUUCUUACUAGUUAAUGAGGAUGGUAAAGAUGGGGCAGGUGAGAGAUAUUGAUUGUAUUCUCAUGAAAGAUUGCCUUCAAGGAAAAUAAGAAAUAACCCUUUCACAGUUUUUUCAACUUUUAAUGAAGAAACUGCUGGAAAGAGGACCCUAAAAUGAAGUUACUUUAGUUACCAAGUUUAAGUGUGAUACAUCCAAAGAGAGUGAAGUUGUUGCUCCACAAAGUUGCUGAGAUGUUUGUAUGGUGGGCAAGGUUGUCAGAAAGUUUUGAAAUAGAUGGCUGAGUUGUCAAAGUAAGCAGCCAGUCCGGGGAUAUUUUAUUUAAAAGAACAUUUGUAAAGAAAUGCCAAGCAGAUUAGCUGGCUGAUACUAACCAAGUACAUGUAGGUAGCGAUUUUCGCCGGCAGCUGGUCUACUUUUGACAACCCUAGGUGGGGAGGCAAGAUUGUGAAAUUUUACAGACAUUUUUAUGUUUUGGGGCAAAAAACUGUCUGUAAUAUUCAGUGGGUUUGUGGUUUUAUGUCUUUGUUUGUUUUCAACAAAUCACUUAUAAACUUGGCAAGUGUACUGAUUUUAAGGUGUCCUUUCCAUCUUUGUUGACCACUUUUUGCUUACUGAAACCAUGGAAGGAUCUAUUUACAUGUAAUGAUGAAUUUAUUUGUGUGGCAACUCUUGUCUCAAAGUCCACAAAUCUUAUAGCAAUGAAAUGUUUGGCUGAAUCUCCACAGUCUUUGUCAGCAAUAACAGAGCUCAGGGUUGAGACUGUGGAGUUUUUAUUCAUCAAGUGAACACUAAUAGAUAAAAGUAAUCUUCUAGAGAAGAAAAAGAGAGGCACAGCAACAGGCAGCAAAGAUAACAGCAUUGUGAAGUUUAGUUGUUAAGUUUAUUUUGUGUGGACGGAUGAAAAGAAGAGGUGUUCUAACAUGAUGAUCACAUCAUUAUAGUAUAAGCAUUAUGCAUGCUUUCCACUGUAUUUCCAUCGUUUUAGUGUUUUCAAGAUCUAUGUGAAAAAAUAUUCAGCUAUGCGGGGACGGGGCCUUAAACACUGUGAGAAUUAUUUUUUUGGCCUGUUGAUAGAACUUGCAGCCUUCCACUCUUUAAAGCUAGCCACUGCUUAUAAGGUAGAGUAAACAAGAAUGCGCUUACAGCGGCAUUCAGUCUCACUCUCCUUGGAGAUUAGAUCGAGAAAUGAGGAGGCAAUUAAUUCUAUGUGAAACAGGAUUUACUUGCUAAAGGUUUUUUACUUCCUACUCUAUCGACGUUGAUACUUUUUACUUUUUUCCGAGUUCAUUUAGUACGCGUGUUAGCGACGACUGGAAACACGUCUGCGGUUGCAGGCUAUACGCGGGUAUUAAAUAGACGAAAAUUCAAGGCCCUUGAUUCCAGAUAAAUUACAUCAUUGCCAGAGAUCAAAAAAGUUAUAUACCAUGGCAUGCUCAUCACAAGACACAUUUGCAUACAAUGAAAGUUUACAACACCCGACCAUUGCAGUUUUGCUAAUUAAGAUUCUUAUUUUUUUUUUCGACCACUCAGUAGUGUUCACUUGUUUCAAAGUAAUCAACACUUUCAAGUAAUAGAAUUUGUGGACUGACACAUUUCAGAAAAGCUCUAAAUUUAAUCUUUCCUAAGCUUUCGUCGCAAAACAUGCGUGGCUUCGAUCAUGCAAUGAUUCUUAGUCCCAGUUUCCAGGGUCUCUGCAAGGAUGCCUGGCACAAUGACUCCCGAUUUGUGUACAAAAUACAAAAAAAAACCCGGGGGGUACUUCCAGAAAAGUUUGGUGGGGGUUGGCGACACACUUCCUGAAACCCUUACCCUAUUUGAGACCAAAGUCUGUGAUUUUUCCUACCCUAUUUCAGACCUAAAGCCCUGGAGCCCGGCGCGUGACCGGAGCAUGUGACAAGCUGUUACAGCAUGUACACGGUAGUUUGUGUAAACAUUAAAAGGAAAAUGGUCUUAUUGCCAAAUGAUGAAGAAGUUGGUAAUUCUUCUAGAAAGGGUACCCAAGUCAGGACUAGAGUGCACAAACCAUAACCUAUUUCAGACCAAAACGGCUAAAAAACCAUACCCUUUGGCGCGGCACAUACCUAUAUAGCCUACAUAAGGGACUACCCCCCAGGGCGAAAAACGCGUUGCAGAUUAUGAGUCUCGCUGCUUAUGCAAGCGAGACUAACAAAUACUUUUUUGUCUAAUAUGUUUAAUGUACCCAGAUUUAGUAACAAAGGUAGCCAUUGGAGUGUCCAACCUAGCGAAUUCCUUGGGUUACUGGCACAAGUUAUUAGGAAUGACAGUGUUUGAUCAGACAGACACAACAGCAGUAUUGGGUUAUGAUGCUGACAAAUGCAAGCUUGAACUUAUUCAACUUGAACAACCAGUGGAUCAUGCUACAGCGUUUGGGAGAAUCGCUUUCUCAUGUCCUCAAGAUCAGCUACCAGCCAUUGAAAGAGCUGUCAAAGAAGUUGGUCACCCAAUAUUGACUCCACUGGUUAGUUUAGACACCCCAGGAAAGGCCACAGUAGAAGUUGUCAUAUUGGCUGAUCCGGUAAUUUAAGCAUUUUAUUUUGUAGACACAAGCUUAGGGCUGUCAUUUAGAGCCUGGGGUAGGGGAUUUCCCCCGGCUAUUAUGAACGUGACCCCCGGCUACUUUCAUUGGAAAACAGAAGAAAAAUAGAAGCAAAAGAAAUCCCUAGCUGUUUGAUUCCUCACCUACUUGUUGUAUUUACCGGACAGCUUGAAAUCUUAGUGACAACCCUGCAAGCUUUUGUGGAGGGUGUACUGGUAACCAUUGAUCUUUUGUACUUGACGUUUUCAUUGGCCCACAAAAAACACAAGGCAGUAUGAAAUGAGAAUUUAACAUUUAUCGCUUGAAGUUUUGUCCUGGGCACCACAUAUUGUUUGUUGGAAUGAAAAUGACCCAGUUAGUUACUGUAGCCCCAAUUUGCCACAGAUAUUGUAGCUAAGGAUAAGUUUUGAAUUUAUCAUUGGAUUUUUGGGACAAAACUGAAAAGUGCCAGAGGCUACUACAAUUAAUGGAGAAUUAGUUGGUGAUUGCCAAAAAAAUCUGUUGGAUAACAAACUGUGAUGUCAACUGAAAACAAUUACUAAACUCUCCAUCCCCCUCCCCCUGCUUACCAAACUUGUACUGAAAAUGCCCGUUCCUAUUCAAAAGUGGCUGAACAUCAACCAACAUUUUGUGAUGUCCUGGCCCCAGUUAUUCAAAAGUUGGAUAGUACUAUCCACUGAAUAAAUCACUCUUUAGAAGAUACACUCUAAGUAUUAAGGAAAGUAAUGUUAUCCACUGGAUAGAGAUUUAUCCAGUGGAUAACUAAUAUUUGCAGUUUUAAUAUAUUUAUUUUUUCUCAAGCUUGUUUCUUUAAGUAAUUUGAGUCCUUUUACCUUUUAGGAUGGCCAUGAGAUUUGUUUUGUUGGUGAUGAAGCAUUUAGAGAACUGUCACAACCUGAUAUUAAUGGAGAUCAGCUACUGGAUAAGGUGAGUAAGGUUGACAAAUUUAUGUCUCCCACCUGAAAUUUCAUACCUCUCAACUUUGAGAAUAAUUUAUUGGCUGGGGUCAGCAAUAACUAAAUAAAUAAAUAAUUGAAAAUAGUCUUUACUGAAUUAGGCAUAAGGUUUUUGGUUUGGAUAAUUUAUGUGAUAUUUAAAUGAAUCUAGUGAGGGAUAAUGUUCAGUGAAGAUUAAUGGAGAGAGAUCAUUCCAUCGUUUCAUUAUUCUCAGAAAGAAAAAGGUGCUCAGCAGGGCUGUCAUUAAGAGGUGGGGGCCAGAGAUUAUCCUGGCUACCAUGAACGUGGCCCCCGGCUACUUUCAUAGGCAAAUAAAAGAAAAUAGAACCAAAAGAAAUCCCUAGCUCUUUGAUUCCCCACCUACUUCUUGUAUUCACCUGGCAACCUUAGUGACAACCCUGGCUUGCUUGAUAAUUUUGUGCUUUCUGAACCCAAUUUUUUCCUUCUCUUCCUAGGCCAUGGCUGAGGACAAAAGCGAUGAAUGGUUUAAAAAACGAAAAAAGUGGCAGAUUUGA